GCCAUUUUAUCGACAAUAAUGUGAUGUACAGAAAUUCUCAUCAAAAUCAUCAACAACAUCAACAACAACAACAUAAUCAUCGAAUAAGAUCCAUCUCAAAUUAUCUUACAUCAAAUAUUAUUUCAUCAAAUUCUUUAUUGUAUAAUAAUAAAUAUUCUGCCUCUUUUCCAUCAUCAUCAUCAUCGUCCAUAGUAACGGCAUUAUCCUCAUCAUCAUCAUCAUCAUCAACAACAACAUCAACAAAAACAAUUGAUGAUAUUGUUGAUAUUAGUAAUAGUGGUGGUGGUGGCGUUGUUGGUGGUGGUAGUAAAGAUGCACCAGAAUUUAUAAGCCAACUAUCAAAUCAAACAAUUGCAUUAGGUCGUGAUGUUGUAUUUGAAUGUACAGUCGAUCAUUUAGGUUCUUAUAAGAUUGCCUGGCUCAAAAUCGAAGCAUUUGAUGAUGAUGAUGAUGAUGAUGCGGAUGGCGGUAAAAAAAUUGAACCAGAAUUAAUUUCCAUUCAAACACAAUUGAUAACAAAAGAUCAACGUUUUCGUUUAGCAAAUAAUAAUAAAAAACAAUGGUUCCUUCAUAUUAAACAGGUAAAAUCGACCGAUAAAGGAUGGUAUAUGUGCCAGAUAAAUACCGAACCACUUAUAAGUCAAGCUGCCUUUCUUGAUAUUCUCAUUGCUCCUACCAUCGAUUAUAAUGCAACCAGUUCGGAUAUUAGUGUUGAUGAAAGACAUCGUCUUUCAAUACGUUGUCAUGCAAAUGGUCAUCCAAUACCAACAAUUGUUUGGCGUCGUGAAGAUAAUAAAGAUAUUAACCUUGGUCUUUAUGGUGGUAAACGAUAUUCGGCGAAAAAAGUUGAAGGCGAAUUUCUUAACAUUACUCAAGUAACAAGAGAUGAUAUGGGUGCAUAUCUUUGUAUAGCAUCCAAUUCAGUGCCUCCAAGUGUAAGCAAAAGGAUUAUUGUACAUGUUAAUUUUCGACCAAAAAUCAAAGUAUCCAAUCAAUUGGUUGGAUCAACAAUCGGUAGUGAUGUACAAUUGGAAUGUCGUUGUGAAGCAUCACCACAACCUAUUACAUCAUGGAUUCGUUAUGAUGGACAAGUUAUACCAAAAUCAUUAUCAAAAUAUAAAAUGAAUGAAGAACAUGAAUCAUAUCGUACGAAAAUGAAAUUACGGAUAUUCAAUUUGGAUGAAAAAGAUUUUGGUAGCUAUAAAUGUGUUGCGAAGAAUGUAUUAGGUGAAAAAGAAGGUCUUGUACGAUUAUAUGAAAUUGCACCACCAUCAACACCAUAUAUGUUAUCAUCAUGGCCAACAUAUAUCUAUACAUAUCAAGGACGACAACAGAAUCAAUUGCAAAAUUAUCAUCAAUCAAAUAAUUUUACCAAUAAUAAUAAUAAUAUGAUGGGUGAUAAAAAUUAUGAUUAUAAUGAUUAUCAACAUCAACCAUCAUCAUCAUCAUCAUCUGCAUCUUCAUCUUCAUCUUCGGGAAUGACAAUGAUGGAAAAACCAAUGAUUGUUAUUACAAUCUUAUGUUGUUUAUUGCGGAAAAUCCUUUAUUAUUAAUUUCAACAACAAAAUAAUUAUCGAAAACAAUACAUCACUGUAAAUAAAUUUGUCAACAUCUUUGUACAUAAUA